CACCGCGCGCGGAUGUUUAUCAUUCACCGGAAACACGUUUCUGCUGUCAAGCUCUCAUCCUCCAGCAUCAUUAACAUCAGAAUUCGUAAUUCGUGUGUGUUUGAUCACUGAAACACUGACACCGAACACACCAUCUUAACCGAUAACGGAACCCGCUGUUAUUGUCAUCGCGUCAGUUCGGAGCGUCGCGAUGUUGCUAUCGUCGGUCCCAGCGCGCGUCCUGAUGCGAAGGUCGCGGAGCCUGUCUCCGUGUCGCGCGCUUCAGACCAGUCACGGGGAGGCCUCCCGGUUCCGUAACCUGUGUGAGCUCGAACCGAACCGGAGCCCGGUGCUCAGCGGCGCGCGAGCGUCCAGGAAGAGCGUUUUGAGCGAGGAUUCGCACAUGCAGUACCAUCAGCUGGCCAGCAGGUGGCGCGCAAACCUGGAGGGCCGCCGGAGCAGCUGGGCGAGUCUGACCGCCUCGGCGCGCUCCAGAGGCGGACACCAGAGCGACUCCCACACCGCGGCUUCUGCUUCUGUAGGCCUCAUCUCAGCCGCGGCGCUCGCCUUCUGCCUGAAGAGAGACAACGAGGAUAAAGCGUCAGCUCUCCUCGACGCCUGCAGGUCCAGCAACACCGAUGAGCUCAGCAGGUUGUUGUCGGAGGGAGCCGAUCCUAACACUCGACACCGUUUGGGAUGGACGGCUCUCAUGGUGGCGGCCAUGAACAAACAACACAAUGUUGUGAAGGUCCUGUUGGAGGCGGGUGCCGACCCGAACCUGGGCGAUGACUUCACCAGUGUGUACGAGACGGCUCGAGAGAAGGGCGUUCACUCAUUAGAGGUGCUGGUGAGCCGAGAGGACGAGUUCAGUAAUCGUCUGAGCAGUCGCGCUUCCUUCCGUGGAUGUUCGGCUCUGCAUUACGCGGCUCUGGCCGAUGACCUGCGAACCGUACGGAUUCUGCUGGACGCAGGUGCCGACCCCACUCUGAAGAACGAGCUGGGACACACACCGCUGACGUACGCCAAAGAGGGAGAGAUGCUCACGCUGCUGAAGGAGUCGCAGAACACGUUUGCGGAGGCUCAGAGGAAGCGCGAGGCCGAGGAGAGGAGGAGGUUUCCUCUGGAGCGAAGACUGAAGGAGCACAUCAUCGGGCAGGAGGGAGCCAUCAAUACUGUGGCAUCAGCCAUUAGGAGGAAGGAGAACGGCUGGUAUGAUGAAGAACAUCCACUCGUCUUCCUCUUCCUCGGCUCGUCCGGAAUCGGUAAAACCGAGCUGGCCAAGCAAGUGGCGCGAUACAUGCAUAAAGACAUUAAGAAGGGUUUCAUUCGCAUGGACAUGUCUGAGUUUCAAGAGAAGCAUGAGGUGGCGAAGUUCAUUGGCUCUCCUCCAGGGUACGUGGGUCAUGAAGAAGGUGGUCAGCUGACCAAACAGCUCAAACAGUGUCCGAACGCUGUGGUUCUGUUCGACGAGGUGGAUAAAGCUCAUCCAGACGUGCUGACCAUCAUGUUACAGCUCUUUGACGAGGGUCGAUUGACUGAUGGGAAAGGGAAGACGAUCGAGUGUAAAGAUGCCAUCUUCAUCAUGACGUCCAAUGUGGCCAGUGAUGAAAUUGCCCAUCAUGCAUUGCAGCUGAGACAGGAAGCUCAGGAGCAAAGCCGCAGACGCCUCGCUGAAAAUCUGGACGAUGUCCAGAAGAGCGAGAAGAUCACCAUCUCCAACACGUUCAAGGAGCAGGUCAUCCGGCCCAUCCUGAAGGGUCACUUCAGGCGUGACGAGUUUCUGGGGAGGAUCAAUGAGAUCGUUUACUUUCUGCCGUUUUGUCACUCUGAGCGAAUCCAGCUCGUCAGCAGAGAGCUCAACUACUGGGCCAAGAAGGCCAAGCAGAGGCACAACAUCACGCUGCUGUGGGAGCGUCCCGUGCUGGAGCUGCUGGCUGCCGGGUAUAACCUGCACUACGGCGCUCGAUCCAUCAAACACGAGGUGGAGCGGCGGCUGGUGAAUCAGUUGGCCGCUGCGUACGAGCAGGAGCUUCUGCCGAAGGGAUGUACUCUGCGACUCUCAGUGGAAGUGGAAGGAGGACAGGAAGUGAACGGUGGAGGACAGGAAGUGAAGGUUCUGCGUCUGGAGCUGGUGGGAGACGACAGCACCGCCCGAACACUGAACAUCCGCUCGCCACUGAACCCCGACGACGUGAACUACACCCCCCGACACCACUGAAACGCAUGCUCGAGUCCGGUUAGUGUGUGUGUGUGUGUGUGUGUGUGUAAAUAUGACAUCACUGACUCCAGUGAAGCCUCAGAAACGCAGAAGUACGUGUCGUUUUAGUGUUCAUCAGAUUAUUGGCAAACAUGUUAAAAAUAUGGUGCGUUCAAUGUUUCAUCACAGUUGAGCUCGUAACUUUAAUAACUCCCAUAAAUCACUGCAGCUUUAUGAUGUCGCUGAUAAUGAAGGUUUUCGUCACGUUUCCUGAGCGUUUGUCGUGUGUGCAGACUGAAAAUAUGAAACACACACUCUCGCAUGAUGUUGGUUUCCGUCACACGUUUCCUGAAUGUUUGUCCUGUGUACAGAUAUAUUUGAAGAUGUGUAUUAGUUGUGUUUAUGUGUUAUAUACUGUGCAACACUAAUGAUGCUGAGGUUUAACGAUCCCAAUGUGAAUCAAUCAUCAGCUUUAUCACAAGGAAGAAUGUAAUCGGUUCUGCUCUUAAAUGUUUCACUUCACAAAAUUAGUUUCACGUUGUUUUUUAGCCUUAAACAAAAUAGUUUCAGUGAUUAAAUGUUUAGAAGAGAAACUGUUUUGAUGAAACGUCCUGAUAAACUUCUGAAGAUGUUUGUU